AUGUUCAUUUUUUUCAGAUUACCUCUCCAUUCAAGGAUCCGAUUUACUUUGGGGUACAUUUGGCUAGUAAUUGUAUUAUCCAGUACAAUUUGUGCAGCUAAUGAUGGACUUUUUGGAUCCAAAUAUCCGAACGAUAUUCCUGAAUACGACUUGCUGCACGCGAUCGGUGUGCCAUUCAGCAAUCCGAAGACUCAGUAUUUCGACGAAGGCCUAGACGGGUUUCCGGCAUAUGGCCUGAAACCGGGUUCCGAUAUUAAAUCACCGUACAGGCUCUUCAUGCCAGAGAAAUUAUAUGCGGAAUUUUCAAUAACCGCUACUGUCCGACCGGCGAACAAAGAUGGCGGAUUUCUCUUUUCCGUAGUCAACCCUUUGGAAACGGUCGUACAAUUGGGUGUUCAAUUAAUACCUUCUGGACCAGGGCUCACUAAUAUUUCGCUGUUAUAUACAGAUGCUAACAUGUACACUUUGAGUCAAACUAUAGCUUCAUUCGUAGUUCCAUCUUUUGCUAAAAAAUGGAGUCGUUUCGCAUUGAAAGUUACAGCACAUAACAUAUCUUUGUUUCUAAAUUGUCAAGAGUUCGAUACUUUGACGGUUAAAAGAAAUCCGCUUGAACUUGUAUUCGAUUCAGCCUCUACGCUAUAUGUCGGUCAAGCUGGACCGCUCAUAAAAGGAGCUUUUCAUGGUGCGUUUCAAGAACUCAAACUCUAUGGAUCACCAACACAGGCGGAGGUACAAUGUGUUAAUACAUUUGAGGAAGACAGAAGCAGUGAAGGCGACGAAAUAGAUAUAGACAAUUUUGUGGUGGACCAAGAAGAAGGUGACUCGGAAGGAUCCGGCCGUUACGGCACCAUACCGCCCUUCCCACCGCCGCCGCCUGGAUUAGAUGGAUACCCAUUACGACUUCGUGGUGAAAAAGGAGAAAGAGGACCAAGGGGACCACCAGGAGAGUCCAUACGUGGGCCUCCCGGUCCUCCCGGACCUCCAGGACCACCAGGACAACCAGGGACCAACGCUGUCACAGAAAUGUCAGGAUCUGGAGAUGAUAGGACUAAAGUCAUGCAAGUGUUUGGAGAAAACUACGUAUCUCUAGGCCAAUGCGGGUGCAACUCAAGUGUAAUAUUAUCACUUUUGGAGAGUGCUCCAGAACUGCAAGGUCCUCCAGGACCUCAGGGGUUAAUCGGUGCGGAUGGACGAACUGGUGCUCCCGGUAUCGCAGGCCAACCAGGGGUGCAAGGAGAACGCGGGCCAAUGGGUCCACGCGGCGACAAGGGUGAUAGAGGUGAUGAUGGACCUCGAGGACCUGAAGGUCAGCCCGGACCAAAAGGUGAACCGGGCGUGGAUGGAAGACCUGGUGUUUCUGGACCUCCAGGACCACCAGGGCCCCCAGGAUCUUCUGAUUAUAGUAAUUUUGACUCAAAUUGGAAGCCUAGACAAAUAUACAAGGAAUCGUUAUUGGGAUCAUAUGGUGGAGCAAUCGGAAGACCUGGAGCGCCAGGUCCUAAAGGUGAUGCAGGUCAACCCGGCCCAAUAGGGUUGCAAGGAGAACGAGGCUUCCCUGGUCAAAAGGGAGAAAGAGGACAAAUAGGACAAACUGGACCAAAAGGGGAUCGAGGAUAUCCCGGUUCUAAGGGUGAUAGAGGACUUAAAGGUGACCGUGGAGGUUCAGGGUUUGAUGGUCGUCCCGGAAUUCCGGGUUCUAAUGGAAGAAUUGGUGACAAGGGUGAAAAAGGUGAACGAGGUAUACCAGGUCCACCUGGGCCACCAUCCUUAUCCACUGGAGUUAUAGGUUUAGAGGAAUCAGAAUACCUAACCACAGGUCUACGUCCAACUGCUGAUAAAGGAGAUAAGGGGGAGAAAGGCAGUCGAGGUACUGAUGGAACUCCAGGAAUUCCAGGUAAAGAUGGAAAAUCCGGAGAGCGAGGUGAUAUUGGUCCAUCAGGGAUGCCCGGCAUAUCUGGUCCACCAGGGCCAUCUGGUCUUAAAGGUGAAAGAGGAGAGAGAGGUCCGCCUGGGCCAGUAAGCAUUACCAGUGGUGGCUCUGAAAUUAUUACAGUCAAGGGUGAUAAAGGUGAACCAGGUUUAAGAGGAAGAAGAGGAAGACCAGGUCCACCAGGACCUCGUGGACCACAAGGCUUGCAAGGAAUCCCGGGAAAUCCCGGGAAACCAGGCGAUAAAGGUGACAUUGGCUUACCUGGAUGGAUGAACUCAAAGGGUCGUCCUGGCACAUUAGGACCUCCAGGAGUCCCAGGUAUUGCUGGACCAAAAGGAGAGAAGGGAGAUCCUGGAGUAAACCUUCUAGAUAUUUCUAUGUUGAAAGGCGAUAAAGGUGAUCGAGGCCUCGACGGUACGCCUGGUAUUAAAGGAGUACAGGGUCCCCCAGGACCCCCUGGCCCAACGUCUAGGUCGGACCCAAUGCAGUACGUGCCGGGGCCCCCUGGACCUCCCGGACCCCCUGGACCUCCUGGGACCCCUGGCAUAUCUAUAGUAGGACCCAAAGGCGAACCAGGGGUUAGUUACAUCGACGAACCUGUACAUGGGAGCCCGAAAUAUUUUGGUAGACCAGUUGUGAAGAGUCCACUCGAUGCAAUCAAAGCGUUAAAAGAUCUAGAAGAUCUAAAAGAUCUCAAAGAUAGAAAUAGAGAUCGCUCACCAUUUUCCUCACAUGAACUAAGACAACACUAUGAGGAACAAAAUACCCAAAGAAACGUACCUGGCGCUGCUGUGUUUCAAACGACAGAAGAAAUGAUGAGACUUGCAUCGAGCAGUCCUGUUGGAGCUUUAGCCUACGUCAUUGAAGAACAAGCAUUAUUUGUAAAAGUCAAUUCUGGCUGGCAAUAUGUAUUGCUGGGGUCACUAGUCACCCUAUCCGCCCCAGGAACGACCACGCCGGCGCCACAGACACCUCCUAUGCCCGCUGCCAGCCUUGUACACAUGCCGCAGAUAUCAAAUCUAAUAGAAAACUCGCCACCAAUCAUCACUCCAACUGGACCUAGCCUUCGAUUAGCCUCCCUCAACGAACCAUUAUCUGGUAAUAUGCAUGGAGUGCGUCGCGCUGAUUACGCCUGUUACCGGCAAGCAAGGAGAGCCGGCUUGAAAGGAACGUUUAGAGCCUUCCUUACUAGCAGAAUUCAAAACCUGGAUUCCACAGUACGAUAUGCGGAUCGACAUUUACCAGUGAUAAAUAUACAAGGAGAUAUUUUGUUUAAGUCGUUUUCUGAUAUAUUUGAUGGAAAUGGCGGAAUAAUUGCUGGGCCUCCCAGAAUUUAUAGUUUCAAUGGAAAGAAUAUAAUGAUGGAUUCAAAUUGGCCGCAAAAACUAAUAUGGCAUGGAUCCCACGCAAGUGGAGAACGCGCGUUGGAUACUUUCUGUGAAGAAUGGCAGAAUGGGGAACCUACUUCUAGAGGAAUGGCAGCUUCUUUAUACUCUCACAAGCUACUUUCACAAGAAAGAUAUUCCUGUAAUAACCACUUCGCAGUACUUUGCAUAGAAGCCACUUCUCAUAUAAACGUACGAAGAAAACGUGACGCUUUAAAGUUUAAUUUAACAUCUGCCUUAGACGACGAAGACUAUCUGUAUAACGCUGAAGAAUACCAACAAUUACUAAAUGAGAUAUUUGCUCAACCAUUUAGAGAGAAU